AUGGCUCCAACAAACUUCAAUAAACCCUUGAAGAAGAUUCGCACCAAUCCUAAACCGGUUACUGAUCGACAGCUUGCUUUCUUGGCUCAAAAGAAGAGAGACCAGCAUCAGACCAUCAAAUCACAAUCUCACUUCAUCCGACGCAAGAACGGAGUUAAAACAGGUGAAGGCUCAAACGACGCACCAUCACAAGAUGCCACCUGGCCAGAUGAUGGGAUGACCAAUCCCGGAUUUGAUGACCUUGAAGAUCAAUAUCGCCAGGGUUAUGACCCAGCCCAGGCCACCAACCUAGACGAUUACACAGACGAAGAUGGUUGGGAAGAUGUGGACGAAAUGGA